CUCUCAUUCUCCCUCUCGGAGCCUCACCGCACGCACACUAAAACAACCGCGAUGUCUACGCCGCACGCAAAACGUCGCCGGCUGAACGAAGCCGCGAAGACACUCCAGAAGCCCUUCAAAUCUCCCUUCCGCACGCCACUGAAGCCCAAUCUGGGCUCCGACCCGCCGUCUUCCGACCCACCAGAGAUCAGCACGCCAGCGGCCUCUGUCUUCGCCCCGCAGACCACGCCCCGCGUCACGAAGCCCCUCCUCGUCCCGCCGAAUGUCGCGACGCCAACGCGCGCUCUCCAGAAGAAAGCGGCACUCUCAAAGCCCAGCCUCACCCGCGAAAUCAUGCAGCUCCGCAACGAGAUCCAGAUCCUGCAGCAAGCAGCCGCGCUCGCCACAUCGAGCAAAGACGAGGACCUGCUGGUGCUGAUCGAGCGCUGGCGGACCGCGAGUCGAGCCGUAGCUGAGGAGUUGUUCGCCAGUACGCGGGAUAGGGUGAAUAGGAUGGGCGGCGUGGGCGCGUGGAAGGAGAGGGAGCGCGAGCAGAAGGAGUGGAGGCAGAAGCGGGAGAUGGAGGAGUUUGAGGCGGAGAGGGAGGCGGAGCGGGAGAGGCUGGAGGAGGCGAGGGAGAAUGGUCAGAUCACGGAAGAGGCGUUUGAACGGUUCGAGGAAGGUGAGGAGAAGAAAGAAGAGGAGGAGCGCUUCCAGUGCGCGGACGAUGAUUCCUUUACGAUGGAUAUGAUGCUCAAGACGCUCAAUAUCAAACUGGAGCUCAUAGGAUAUAAUAAGGAGGCGCAGCGAUGGGACGGAUGAGGGUUACAUGCCAAAAGGUUGGCAGACAGCGAAAGAGCUGGCAUAGAGGCCCGACAACAAGUUGGAUGAACGGGCUGUCCCCAAAUCACAAGGCGAACAUAUCUAAGUUACAGACAUCUUGGACGCGGUCAGCAAUUAGGCGAAAAGAGAUUCAUAGAGAAAAGUCCCACUAGCAAGCUUAUAUAGAUACCCAAAUGAAACAUGCAAUCUGGGCUUCUAGGCUUUGCACCCCU